AUGUCGGAUACUGAAUCUGAGGCACGGGACUCCUGGUAUAAUCAUCUCGACAAGUUUCUCACACUUGGCGAGAGCCAUGGUGAAAAUGAGACAUCGCCUUGCAUUUUCAGGGUAUCACCGGCCUUGUUGAAGGAACGUGAAGAUGCUUACGUGCCUCAAAUACAGCACAAAGAAUGCUUCAACGAAGAGGAGAAAAACCUGAUCAAGAUAGAGAUGGAGAACUUGUGGACACAAAUGGAGAGAAAAUUUCAAGAGAGAGACAUAGAAAAGUGCUACGAUAAAUACACAUAUUACGCCAGUAAGUUCCUGGGUGGUAUGAUGGUUAAGGAUGCUUGUUUCUUUCUAGAGUUCUUCAGAUGCUUGUAUAAUGAAUCUGAGGGUGAUUAUGAGAAUAUUCUGGAAAGUUUUUUUCCCAAAUUUGGAUCAAAAUUCAACCCUUCCAUGAGGUCGGACAUCAUGAAGGAUUUGAUUAAAUUAGAGAAUCAGAUCCCACUCUUUGUCUUGGAAGAAGUUCUUAGCAUGGAAAAGGGAGAUGAUCUUCAGAAAGCCAAGUCUAGCCUUCAAGUAUUGCUCAAGGCUGUCUUCCAUGAAAUCUAUUAUCGUCCUUUCGACUAUUGCGCUGAAGGCGAAUCCCCCAGGCAGAGACAUAUUUUAGACAUUUAUUACUGCUGUUGUCUUGGAGAUGAAGAGCCCCUGGAGAAAAAGAAAAGGGCAGAAGAACCCCAAGGGGAAAAGCAAAAGGCUGAAGAACACUGGAUUUCCCUUGGAAAUUCUAAGGAAGAUUCGAGGAAGCACAAAUCUGAAAGAAAAAAGGUCCCGUCUGCAUUUCGAUUGGAGAAUGGAGGAGUGAAAAUCCAGGCAUCUGGUGAAAUUGUCCAAGAUAUUAGGUUUGUGGGAAAAACCCUACAUAUCCCGCCCAUACAAUUGGAUUCGGACUCCGAAAUAUUCAUCAGGAAUUUAGUUGCUCUUGAAGUUUAUGCCCCGUACAGCCCUCUGAAAAGAAUGACGGCAUUUGUUCAGUUCAUGAAUGAGCUGUGCCCAACAGAGAAAGGAGCAGCUGUGUUAAGAGAAAAAGGCGUCAUUUUCGGGAAUCUUGAGAAACACUCUGAAGUCACCCGACUCUUCAGCUUGUGUAAGCAGUCACAUUCUCUAUCAAGCUGCCAUCCCAUUCAAAUAACAAGGAAAAAACUGAUCAAGUACUACAGUAGAAAAAGUAGGAUCGCUGCGGCAGAAGCUUGGAAUGAAUUCCAGAAAACUUACUUUUCGAAACCGUGGCUUCUGAUUGGAGGCAUCGGCGCAACUAUUAUUCUCAUACUUACUGCGGUGCAGAUGAAGGGAAGGAAGUUCUAUACAGAAAGGAAAUCUACAAAUGAAGCUAUUUCCACUUUCUUCGAUAACCUGAAGGAGCAUAAUAGGAUUCAGAAGAUGGUUGAUGGUGGCUACAACCAGAAGGAUCUUCAGAUGCCUUGGGUUGAUGCGGUGGAGGUUAUCAUGAGAUAA